AUGGUGGCGCCGCCGCUGGCGUCCGAUCUGCGAGGGCCGCGGCCUCCUGCGAGAACCGAGGAGAAGGCGGAGAGAGACAGAAGGGAAGUGGAUGAGGAGGCGGCGGACGACUUCGAUCGGCUGCCGGACUCGGUGCUGCUGCUGGUGUUCAACCGGAUCGGCGACGUUAAGGCCCUCGGCCGCUGCUCCGUCGUCUCCCGCCGCUUCCACGGUCUCGUUCCCCAUGUAGAGGACGUCGUCGUCCGCGUCGACUGCGUCAUCUCCGACGAGGAACAAGGUCCUCCCGGUGGAUCCUUCUCCACUGCCGCCACCACCUCCGCCUCCGGUUCGUCUCACAAGCCUCGCGGUCUCUUCUCCCAUCUUGCCCGGCUCGUCCUCAGUGCCAUCGUGAAGCCUCUCCAGGCCAUCGGUCAGAUCCUCGCCAGCCCCUCCGGCGGCGCCUCGUCGUCCGUGUACAAGAGGCUGUCCUCGUUCCCCGCCGUUCCGGCCAUGUCUCCUUCGGUGCCUUCCUCCCCCGAGGUCUCUCACCACUCGCCCACGGAGGUGCUCCGUAGUUUCAAGGAGAUACGCCGGCUCCGGAUCGAGCUCCCGACGGGGGAACUCGGCGUCGAGGAUGGCGUCCUCCUCAAGUGGAAGGCUGGCUUCGGCUCCACCCUGGACAACUGCGUCAUCCUCGCGGCCAACGCGAUCCUCUCCUCGGCGAAGGGGCCUUCGACUCCCCCCUGCGACAAAGGCCUCGGAUCUCUCCCGGGCAUCGUACAGAGCCACUGCAGAGAAGGGGGAGACAGUUGCGGCGGCGGCGGCGGCGGCGGCGGGGACGACAAUGCGAACAUCCCGGAGUCCUUCUACACCAACGGCAGCCUCAAGCUGAGGGUCGUGUGGACCAUCAGCUCCCUCAUUGCCGCCUCGGCGCGGCACUUCCUCCUCCAGCCUAUCGUCGCCGACCACGGGACUCUGCAGAACCUGGAUCUGACGGACGCCGACGGCCAGGGGCUCCUGCGGAUGGACCGGGCGCAGCUGGAAGAGCUCCGGGUGAAGCCCGUGUCUGUCUCCGGCUCAUCGCAGCGCACCCUCGUUCCGGCGCUCGGUAUGCGGCUGUGGUACGCCCAGCACCUGGAGCUGCCCGGCGGCGUGGCGCUUAAGGGCGCCACCCUGGUGGCCAUACAGCCCAGUGAUCCGCCGGGAAUAGCCACCGGCGACGGCUGGGGCCAGGACACAAGCUGGGUCUCCACCGCCUUCGAUGAGCCGUACGCAGCCGCGGUGAGGCAGCUCGUCAAGAGGAGGACCUUCUGCCUAGAGAUGAAUUCCUUCUAA